GAGAUUGUGUCUCAAUGCGAUCAUACCUAAUGGCUAAUACCUAUAUAUUUAGCAAUAAUGAACGAAUCUUUCAAAAAAAUUAUUUUUGAUAUACUUGACUGGACUGUUGGUCGAUCUGUUUUAUAUAAAAUCACAGGUGCUGUGUUCAAUAUGGAUGAUCAAAACCAAGAGCACAAAUCUGAUAGUUCAGAUUUGUCUGAUGAGGCAGAUACUUUAAAUUAUGUACUGUAUCGAGACAGACCGGAAUGGAAAGAUGUACAACCAAUCGCUCAAGACGAUGGUCCAGCUCAAGUGGUUCAGAUAGCAUACUCCAAUAAAUUUUCGGAUGUAUUUGAUUAUUUCAGAGCUGUUCUUAAAUCAGGAGAGAAGUCUGUUAGGGUUUUGGGCUUGGUCACAGAUGCCUUAACUUUAAACCCAGCUAAUUAUACUGUUUGGAUAUAUCGUUUAGAAAUUGUUAAACACUUGAAAGUAGACUUACACAAUGAAUUAGAAUACAUAUCGAAUGUGAUCCGCGAGUUUACUAAAAAUUACCAAGUUUGGCAAUAUCGUAAGACUAUUGUAGAAAUGUUGAAUGACCCAUCAGGCGAACUAGAAUUUACAGCUGAUAUUUUAGACAUGGACUCCAAAAAUUACCAUGCUUGGCAGUACAGACAAUGGGUUCUUACUACAUUCAGUAAGCUAAUGGAGAAUGAGCUGAAUUUUGUUGAUAAUUUAAUAUCACAUGAUAUGCGAAACAACUCUGCAUGGAAUCAACGUUAUUUUGUUGUAAAUAAUUCAGAUCCUAAUAAUGAUGUAAUUAAUAAAGAAAUUGAGUAUACAUUUGGAAAAAUACAAAUUUUAUCAAAAAAUGAAAGUGCAUGGAACUAUUUAAGGGGAUUAUUAUUAUAUUCUGAAAAUGGAAUCUUGGAAGAUAAAGUUCGUGAUUUUUGUUCAAAAUUAUAUAAUAAGGGAAAUAGAUCAACACACCUCAUGUCUUGUUUGAUUGAUUUGACUGAUGCCGAUGAUUCUACUAAUCCUGAAAACAUUGAAAAAAUUAAGUUUGCAUUAAAAUUGUGUUCAGAUUUGGCAUCUAUUUAUGAUCCUAUACGUCGUUUUUAUUGGGAAUAUAUAUCUAAAGAUAUUGAACUUAAAUACAAUUUCAGAGAACAUGACACAUAAAUCAUGUAAAAUAAAUUAAAUGAUAGAAUAAAAGAGAAUUUAUAUCUUUUUAA